UUAAGUCGACCGACAAUGACCAGCUGGAAUGACGCGUUAACUCGGCCUCAGCUCGAGCAUCUAACUCGGCCAUACAAAUGCCUAAAAUUCUCUCCGUCAUCCUAUUCGUAUUCCACAGUUUCCAAUCUCUCGCUCGCCAUGGCGAUUCCGCCCUCAAGCAUCGGUUUCCGUCUCCUCGUCUCCCUUCUUGUUGCUCUGUUCGCCGUCGCCGUAUCCUUCUUUCCGCCCGACGAAUACCUCCUUGACUGCGGCUCCGCCGUUGACUCCACCGUCGACAACCGCAGAUUCGUCUCCGACUCUCCGGCGUUGAACGCACCGUUCUUCUCAUCGGAUGGAUCGAUCUCUGUUCGAGCGGAAAAUCCAUCUCCGAACCUUGCCCAGAUCUACCGGACUGCUAGGGUUUUCCCGAGAUCCGCCAAGUAUGAGUUCAACGUCGGCGAGAAAGGGACACACAUGGUACGUCUCCAUUUCCAUCGGUUCAAUUCUUCGAGAAUCGAUUUCGGUGAAGCGGAAUUCCACGUUGUGGUUAACGGGUACGUCGUGCUUAGCAAUUUUAGUGGCGAGGACGACUCGUCAACUAAAUAUGGUCCUAGGGUUAGGGAAUUCCUGAUCUGGGUUGAUGUCGGAAAGGUCGUUAUCAGGUUGGUUCCUAGUGCGCGUUCUAAAUUUGCGUUCGUUAACGCCGUCGAAGUUAUAUCAGCGCCUAAGGAUUUGAUCGCAGACGUUGCCACCUCCGUAUCCGAUGAUGGAACCGAGAAAUUCAACGGCUUGGUACAUCAAGCGAUGGAAGUUGUUUACAGAACCAAUGUCGGUGGGCGGAAAGUUACCCCUUUUAACGACACGUUGUGGAGAACUUGGGUUCCGGAUGAUGAAUUCUUCAAAACCGGCGAAGGAUCCGACAAAAUCUACUUCGCCAGCAGGAUAAAGUACAUACCUGGAGGGGCAAGCCGUGAAGUUGGCCCUGAUAAUGUCUAUAACAGUGCUCGUGUGGUUAAAAGCAAGAACGGUUCGGUUCCUCAGGUUAACAUGACAUGGGAGUUUCCCGUGGCAAAGGGUUACAAGUAUCUUGUCCGGAUGCAUUUCUGUGACAUUGCUAGCAAGUCGCUGGGGGUUCUAUACUUCAAUGUUUACAUCAACGGGAAUUUAGCCUACCAAGAUUUUGAUCUGUCGUACUUGACGGGUUACGUGCUGGCUUCCCCCUUUUACAUGGACUUUAUGGUGGAAGGUGGUUACCCUUCUUCGGGUUUUAUAAGCAUAAGCGUUGGGCCGUCGAGUAAGAGCGGCGAAAAUGCGGUUGAUGCGAUCUUGAACGCAGUUGAGAUCAUGAAGAUGAAUAACUCAAUGGGUAGUCUUGAUGGGUACAUUCCCGCGGAGAUGAUACUAAGCCGCUGCCCAAACAGAAAAAACAUUAGCAUUUCGAUCUCAGUGAUCGCCUUCAUGUGCAUACUGACUAGUAUUUACAUCGUGGCACGGAGGAGGAUAGUUAGGGAUGGGUUUGGCUGGUCGAAGUUGCCUGUGGACGUCCCUGGGCACGAUCUGAAGGCCGGGAAUCAACUUGCACCGAGAAGGCCAUGAUGACUUCCGCGUAAAUUUCGUUCAGCUUUUAUUACAGCACAGCGAAAUAUCUUCUUAAAUGAAGCUGGAUAAAAGUAUAUCCAUUACCUUUUGGAAUUCUCUGCACAGGUAUUUGCCUUUGCUUGCUUCAAUUUGCGUUCAAGAAUCUCGCGCCAUUUAUUUGUAUAAAGCUUACGCUCUACGGUCUGUACUCUUUGUUUUUGCACAGUGCCCAAAUCAUAUUGUCUCAUAGGUUCAAUCGACAUAGGUCAGGGGGAGGAGGUCUCGUAGGUUUCUUUGGGUUGUAUCAAUUUUGUCGUUCCUACUUAUAUGUUGAUUAGUCUUACUCUUAAGAUUAAUCAAUUUACGUUAAUUAAUAUAGUAGUGGGUGUUCAAUUUGCA